AUGCCUGAAAGACCUCCAUUCCCCGGCCGUCCUGCUCAGCCUCCGGGGGCUACCUAUUUGCAAUACUCACCCGACGGGCAGAGACUGCUCGUUGCUGGCAUUGGCAACUUCGCCCGCUCAUUCAGGACCGGCGACAACAGCGAACCCGACUUGCUUCCCGAGACACACGAGGAGACAUUCGCGGUUGCUUCAGGAAAUGACUACGUGAUACUUGGAUGUGAAGACGGUACUGUCUGCGAGUACGAGGUGCCAUCAGGGGACCUGAAGCAGCUGCUGGUCAGGACUACUCUCCCUAUUAGAGAUGUUGCUCUGUCUCCAGAUGAAAACUGGGUUGCUGUUUCUAGCGAUGAACUGGAGAUCAAGAUUGUCGACCGCCACGAUAUUGAGCAAAUCACCAUCUUACGAGACCACCCGAAACCAAUAAAACAUUUAACAUACGAUCCCUCCGGCAAAUACCUCGCCGCGUCCUGUACCAAUGGGAUAAUCUACAUUUACGCAGUGACAUUGCCAGAACCUACCCUGUUCCGAACAAUUGACGGCAUCAUCAAGCGCCUUGAGACCGCAGAGUCUGCCACUUCAAGAUGCGUGUGGCAUCCGGACGGACGAGCGUUUGCUUGCGCUACACCAACAAGAGACAUUCAAGUCAUUUCGGUGGAAGACGGGGCCCAGCAGAGAGUGUUCUCUGGCGCACACAACGGCGAUAUCACGUCUCUGGCAUGGUCACACAAUGGAGCUUUGCUGGCCAGCUCCAGUGCCGAUGAUCAGCUUGUGAUCUGGGACACCAAGACACAGACCGUACUGAAACAAUUCAACUACGAGAAAAUCAUCAAUGUUACCUGGCAGAAUCAUGGCGAGAAUAUCUUUAACUGGACGACUUCCCAGGGCGAGGUAUUCAUCAUCCCGAAUUUUCUCAAAGACGAAGCCCACCUCAGACUGCUCAAGGGACCCAAAGUUCGAGCCCCUUUCUUUCACGAUCCUUUGGACGAGAAGGCUGCAGCCAUAAACGGCCGCAAGCCAUUGGUCAAUGGCCAGAGCAAACAGCGGGAUGGAACUCCCGAUAGUCUGGACGCACUUCUGGGCCCUGAAGAGGAGUUUGACUGGAUUGAGGAUGAUGAUGGUGCGGGCUAUCUCAAUGAAAAUGGAAAGCGGCCAAACGGCCAUCUUGGAGAAGCCGGUGGCCACUUACCCAAGAGAAACAGACAGGACAUCUGGCAGCCACAGGUGCACGAACCUUUCCAACCUGGCGCUACACCCUGGCGUGGGAAUCGCAAGUACCUCUCCUUGAACUUGAUCGGGUUUGUCUGGACGGUUGACCAAGAUACGCACAAUACUGUCACUGUGGAAUUCUACGACCGGGAACUAUAUCGGGAUUUCCACUUCACCGAUCCUUUUCGCUACGACAAGGCGUGUCUAAACGAGUUCGGCACGUUAUUCGCAUCACCUGCGAAAGAUGGACAACCGGCAGUCAUCUUCUAUCGACCGCAUGAGACUUGGACGGCCCGCUCGGACUCUCGGAUCAACCUUCCAGAGGGGGAAGAAGCAAGUUGCAUUGCGCUCAGCACCAGAUACAUUGUGGCCGUCACGAACAAGAACUAUGUCCGGGUCUGGACGCUUUUCGGCACGCCCGUGCGGAUCUGGCGGAUGAAGAGCACUCCGGCGGUCACCUGCGCCGCGUGGGGUGACUAUGUCAUGACAGUCGGGAACGGACCGGUGGGCGCUGACGGAUGCACACAGUUGAUGUACAGCAUCGACGAUGUGAGGCGAGAUGAAAGCUGCCAGAACGAGGACGUUCUCGCUUUGGGGACGGCUCCCCCGGAAUCGGAUGACGAAGAAGCUAGCCUGAAAGCUCUCUUCUGGAGUGAUGUUGGCGAUCCAUGCAUUUACGACAGUAACGGCGUGCUCCUGAGUCUGGUGCACUGGCGGACACCGGGCCAGGCCAAAUGGGUUCCGCUGCUCGACACCAGGCUCCUGGACAGGUUGAAAGACGGCAAGAAGGAAGAGACGUAUUGGCCUGUUGCGGUCGCCGCGGAGAGAUUUCACUGCAUCAUCCUGAAAGGCGGGGACAAGAGUCCGUAUUUCCCUCGGCCGCUGCUGACCGAGUUUGACUUCCACAUGCCCGUGUGUCGGGGUGUGGAGAAGGGAGAGGAUGACGAGGAAGAGACCAACGCUGCGGCCGGGGCGAGACUGGAAGAGGCAUUCGUCCGGGCUUCUACGCUGCUGGGGCUGGUCGACGACUUGGUCCAAGGCCUCGGCGAGAAGGCCACCCACUCGCAGAAGACGGAGAUUCUGAAGCGCGAAAUCGACGUGGACAAGAUCCUGUUGCAGCUCCUCGCCGUCGAGUGUCGUGAGGGCGAUGACCGCGGCAUGAAGGCCCUCGAGAUCGUCGCCCUCUUGAAGGACCGCAGUGGGAAGAUGGUGGAAGCCGCAGCCAAGGUUGCCGGACGAUGGGGAAGGACCAUGCUGGAGGACAAGAUCAGGGAAUAUGCCGAACGCAGGCUGAUGGGUCUGGGAGAUGACUAG